AUGACUCAAUCUAUUUCAAAUAACGGUACUGGGGGAGAAGCACCAUGCAAGCCUAUCGAGGCUACAGAAGCAUACCGCAACAAAUUCCCAGUGGCCUAUGAGCAAUCAAAGCUACCCUUCGACACACCUAGAAAGAUCAAGGUUAUCCUCGCAGGUGCAGGUAUUAGUGGCAUUUCCUUUGCUCAUGCCGUGGAAAGUGGCCAACUACCCAAUGUUGAUUUACAGAUUCUUGAAAAGAAUGCUGGCUUGGGAGGCACAUGGCUCGAAAAUCGCUACCCUGGAUGUGCAUGUGAUAUUCCUUCUCACAAUUACUUGUUCACAUGGGCACCAAACCCCAAAUGGUCUUCAUUCUACGUCUCCGCGCCAGAGAUCCUUCAAUAUAUUGACAACGUAGUUGACAAGUUCAAUCUGAGGAAAUACGUCACGGUAUCCCGCAAGAUUACCGGCGCCGUCUGGAACGACAAGAAACAGAAGUGGAUCGUCACCAGCAGAAAUACAGAUGGCCGUCGCACUGUCAUAUCAUCAAAGGAUGUUUGCGAUGGUGAAAUCGGUGAAGAUAUCAUCGAUGAAUGCGACGUGUUCAUCAAUGCCAGUGGAUACCUCAAUAAUUGGAGAUGGCCCAAUGUCCCCGGUCGCGAGAACUACCAAGGUAUCCUCGCCCACAGCGCCAACUACAACCCCGACAUUGACCUCCGAGGCAAGCGAGUCGCCGUCAUUGGCAAUGGAAGCAGUGGAAUUCAAGUCACUGCAGCUGUGCAGAAAGUUGCUAAACAUGUCGGUGCAUACAUUCGAUCCCCAACCUAUAUUACAGCCAACUUGGGAUCGAGAUUCAUCGGUCAAGGUGUGCCCAACAUGACCUACGAUGAAGAGCAACAGAAAAAGUGGAUAGAGAAUCCAGAAGAGUAUCUCACUCUUCGCAAAGAAAUCGAGAAGGAGCUCAACUUCCGCUUUCCCCUGUAUGUUAGAGAAAGCGAAUUCCAAACGAUGGCGAAAAACUUCACGACCAAGGACAUGCGCGCCAAGCUCGAGAAGAAGCCUGAGGUUGCGGAUCUUAUCAUUCCUUCUUAUGGCGUUGGGUGCCGCCGACCGACUCCUGGACCCGGCUAUCUACAGGCGCUUGCUUCCGACAAUUGCGAAGUUGUUUGGGGUGAGAUCGGCUCUUUUACUAAAACUGGUCUGAGAUCCCAAGAUGGCAAGGAGCGCGACUUUGACGUGAUCAUCGCCGCAACAGGCUUUGACAUGUCCUUCGUACCUCGUUGGCCAAUCAUCGGGCGAAACGGUGUGAAUCUUCAGACAGAAUGGGAGAAAGAUCCAGCUUGCUACCUGUCAGCAAUUGCGCAAGAUAUGCCAAACUAUUUUGUCUAUAUGGGACCCGGUAGCCCAGUUGGCCACGGCAGUAUGAUUACCUCUAUUGAGCGAAUCACCCUCUAUGUGGUGGAUAUGAUCCGAAAAUUGCAACGGGAGAAUUACUCUUCUUUCCGUCUCAAGGAUGGAAAAGCCAAGGCAUACCAAUUCCAGAUGCUCUCAUGGCUCGAGAAGACUGUCUGGGGUGAUCCAUGCCAGAGCUCCUUCAAGAACGGUAUGAACGACGGUGCAUUGCAUGCCUUUCAUCCUGGCUCGCGGCUGCAUUACUUUGAGCUGCUUCGGAGACAUCGUUAUGAAGACUUUGAGUGGGAGAGUCGAUGCCCUGAGCCUGGUUUGGAUUUUGCUUGGUUAAAUAAUGGGUUCUUGGCGCAUGAAUUGUCUCCGGAUGAGCAGGCUGAUCCAACUUGGUACCUAGAUCAAGACCAUGCUACUUUGACGAAGUUUAUUGCUGAGAACAAGAUCUAA